CGAAAGUCAAAAUCGAGUCUUCGCCACCGCCAUCAACAAUUCGUUUACCGUCCAAUUCCCUUUGCUAGGGCUAACCAAAACUACUCUCUCGUCGGAGGAGCCGAGAAUCUGAAUUUGGAAGCGGAGCGACAAUGUUGACUGGGGAUAUCCCGCCGAAUCAGACUAUCUACGUCAAGAACCUCAACGAGAAGGUUAAGAAAGAAGAGUUGAAGAGAUCUCUUUAUGCAUUGUUCUCGCAGUAUGGGAGGAUCUUGGAUGUUGUUGCUCUUAAAACAUCCAAACUUCGAGGGCAGGCAUGGGUUGUUUUCAGUGAAGUGACUGCUGCAAGCAAUGCUGUUCGGCAGAUGCAAAAUUUUCCUUUUUACGACAAGCCUAUGAGGAUACAGUAUGCUAAAACAAAGUCAGAUUGUAUUGCUAAAGCUGAAGGGACCUAUGACAAGAAGAAGAAGCAAGAAGAGAAAGCUGAGAAAAAGAGACGUGUAGAGGAAACUCAACAAACUGCUACAAAUGGUCCACGAUCUGACAGCAAUGGUGGCCCGGCUGCAUCCUCUCGUCCCGGAAGACCUGGUGCUCAAGAAGUCACAGAUCCCAACAAUUUACUUUUCAUACAGAAUCUACCAUAUGAGACCCAAAAUAUGAUGCUGGAGGUACUUUUCAAACAGUACCCUGGUUUUAGGGAAGUUAGGAUGAUUGAUGCAAAACCAGGAAUAGCGUUUGUAGAAUUUGAAGAUGAUAUACAGUCGUCAGUUGCCAUGCAAGCACUUCAGGGCUUCAAAAUUACCCCCGAGAAUCCUAUGUCAAUCACUUAUGCAAAGAAGUGAUUUGUUUAGUGAUUUGGUAGCUCAGGUGAAUUGUUAACACUUUUUCUAUGAGCUGUAUCAAGGAAUUGCAAUAGCCAAGUAGUUGGAUGUACUGUAUUUUAACCUUUGAUUGAUAAUAGUUCGAAACAAUUUUCUUGUUCCUAGUUUUCAGUUAAAAAGUCCGUGCAGAUUGUCAAAAUACUAUUAUCUUUGUCUCUGCCUUUGUGAAGCAGCUAUGGAAGAAC